AUGUCACUGCCAGUAGGACCAAAAGUAUCUCCCCGCGAGGCAAAGCAACCACCACACAAACCACUGCUCGGUCACACCACGUCGCUCGUUCCUCUUGAACCGUCGCACGCGGCAAGCCUGUUCAAACACCUCGGUGGACCAGAGAAUUUCCCCCGAUGGACCUAUAUGCUCACCAGUGGGUUUCCUACACUGUCUGACUGUGAGAGAGACAUCGCCCUAUGGAGCCAGGACAACUUGUCGGACAGACUCUAUUACACAGUCCUCUCAGGUCCCGCGUCUGACCCGGCCUCGGAACCUGUUGGCAUGAUGUGUUAUCUCGCCAUUGUGCCUUUGCACAGACGGCUGGAGAUUGGCAGUGUCAUUCUGAGUGCGGCCCUGCAGCAAACCAGGAGUGCUACCGAGGCAUUCUAUUUGCUCAUCAAGCACGCCUUUGAGGAUCUGGGCUACCUGAGAGUGGAGUGGAAAGCAAACAACUUGAACAAGGCGAGUUUAAAGGCUGCAGAGAGGUUGGGGUUCAAGUUUGAGGGCGUGUUCAGGAAGCACAUGGUGAUUAAAGGACGACAGAGAGACACGGCAUGGUUCAGUAUCACAGACGAGGAGUGGGAUGGCGUGAAGACGGGGUUUGAGAGGUGGCUGGCAGAUGACAACUUUGAUGAGGCUGGGAGGCAGAAGAAGGGAUUGAAGGAGUGCAGGGACGUUGCGUGA